UUGAGUUGUGUGAAAAAGUGGUUAUUUAUAUUUUUUCCAGGUCUUGUUCUGUCUUAUCUUUUAAGAUGUUUGCUUUUGUUGUAUCUGCAUCCAUAGGGUUAUUUUUUCCAAAAAUGUGUUUAUGCUUGUAGGUACAGAUUUUAUUGAGCUACUGUCAUCUUCUGCUAACUACUAAGUAUUAAAAAUUAAAAAAUAAUUAGGUCAAAGUUAUGAACCCUAGUGCACUUUCCAGAAUAUCAUCGAGAAUUUGUCGUGCAGUUGUGAGACCAAGAAAGCUAUUGAAUCUAAGAAGCAUGACCACCGCUGGAAUGUCGGAAAGAGUUGCACAAACCAAUGAUCUUCCAAAAAAAGACAAAAUUCUUUUCACACCUGGUCCUCUCGGUAUUAACCAUGAAACAAAGUUAGCAAUGAUUAGAGAUCUGGGUUCGAGGGAUUUCGAGUUCAUGGCAACGAUAAAAGAAAUUCGUACCAAAAUUUUAGACAUAGCCUGUAUUUCAAGGGAAGAGUUUACGAUGGUUCCAAUGCAAGGGAGUGGGACGUUUGCUAUCGAAGCUGUUAUUAUGACGAUGGUGCCUAAAGAAAAUGGAAAGUUGCUUGUCGCAUACACUGGCUCGUAUGGAAAGAGAAUGGUUGAAAUUGCCCAAUAUUCGAACAUAGAAACAGUUGUUGUCAAAAAUGAUGAAGAUAAAUUUAUUGACGUAAAAGCCAUUGAAGAUGCUCUUAAAGCUGAUCCAAGUAUCACAAACGUCGCUGUGGUUCACUGUGAGACAAGCUCUGGCGUGAUCCACCCUAUACACGAGGUGGGCGUGAUCGUUCGAAAGUACGCCCCACAAGCUACAUUCUUCGUCGAUGCUAUGAGCAGUUUUGGUGCUGUGCCAGUUGACAUGAAAAACAUUGACUUUCUGGUUACGUCAGCAAAUAAAUGCAUUGAAGGAACGCCUGGGUUCGGUGUUGUAAUUGCACGAAAGAGUAGUUUAUUAGAAUGCGAAGGUAGAUGUCGAAGUUUAAGCUUAGAUCUGUACGAACAAUACAAAGGUUUGGAAGCUAAUGGUCAGUUUCGAUUCACACCCCCAAUCCAUUCCAUACUUGCUUUUAAAAAAGCAUUGGAGUGCUUAGAAGUAGAAGGAGGUAUUGAAGGAAGAGGUAGAAGAUAUCAGGAAAACCGACGUGUUCUCAGAGAAGGCAUGAAAAAACUUGGAUUUAAAGAAUUUUUAAAUGACGAUCACUCUGGAUAUAUCAUAACAUCAUACCGUUUUCCAACCGAUCCGAAUUUCGAUUUCAAAACAUUUUACAGCAGCUUGAGUGAAAUGGGAAUGGCCAUAUAUCCUGGCAAAGUUACGGAAGCCGAUUGUUUUCGGAUAGGUACAAUUGGUUAUUUACAUCCACAGAAUAUCGCAGAUUUAUUAGUGUGUAUUGAGAAAGUGUGCAAAAAUAUGAGCAUAGCUCUGCCUGUGAAAUACUAGAACUUGAAAGUGCUAUAGGGACAUUUACUGCUAAACAUUAUAUAAAAACUUUUCAAAAAUAGUUUAUUUUUUUGCUAAGAUUAUUAUUUUUAAAUCUUUUCAAUUCUUUUGUUUUUAGUUUUUUUUUAUAUUUUCUAAUUCACACGCAUAUAAUAAAGCAUAAGGACAUAAGGGGGAAGACUUUUAUAUAUUUUUUGUUUUUAACACCACCAAGAAAUGUGAUAUUUUGUUUCUCAGGAUCUGCAACCAAUAAUUUAGAGAAAUUAUAAUUAUAUUAGUUAUUACGAAACAUUAAAACAAUAAAUUGAACUAAAUAUAUGCAAA